AUGGUAAUCGGGCCCUCGUCACGCCUACUCAGAGCUCAACUCCGCGCUCGAAACUUCAGAAGAAACUAUAGCCAGCAAACAUCACGGACGUCCGGAAGCCCUCGAAAAUGGGCUGGUCCUGCAGUGGCUCUCCUGGGAACAUUCACCGCAGCUACCGCAGCUUACGUUUGGAAAGGUCAGCAAGGAACACCAGAAGCACCACCGUCUAGGCGAGUAGAGAACUUUACUUUUGAGAAGCCCAAGAUCAAUGCCUCUGUGACGGAAGAGCGGAAUCGCGAGAACCUCAGUGCCCAGCAUGCACAAAUAAAGAAGAUGUCAGCCAAUCCUGGGGUCUAUGUUUGGGGAUCGAAUAGUCACCGUGUUGUUGAUCCGGAUUCGAAAGAAACAAUAAUCAAGGAACCGCGUCGCUUGCGCUACUUUGAAGGCCAAUUUCUUAGGGAUAUCAAAUUGGAUCAGACUUCCGGGGUUGCAGUGACUGAAAAUGGCGAUUUGGUUCAAUGGGGCAAAGGCUAUUCGGAAACCGACUACCAACCCACACCUACCCUGACGGGGAAGAAUCUGGUCAAGAUUAGCAUGUCGAGGGACAGAAUUAUAGCACUUUCUUCCAACGGAAAUGUUUAUUCAAUCCCAAUUUCGAAGACCGAUCAGCAAUCAGGAUCAAAGCCAUCCGAAAGCUCCUGGGUUCCAGGGUGGUCCUCUAGAGCUCGAAUUAGCUACCGUCAACUCGUGCCUCAGCUCAGUCUAGGCGAAAAAGUCACAUCAAUUAGCGGUGGUUUGGAACAUGUCUUGCUGCUUACAAAUGCUGGUCGUGUAUUAUCUGCUGCUGCUGCCACCGAGGCAUAUCCCACAAGGGGCCAAUUAGGGAUUCCCGGGCUGACCUGGGCAACUCGGCCAAAGGGACCCGUGGAUUAUUGCCACGAGUUAUCAACCUUGAAAGAUUUCAAAAUUGUACAGAUAGCAACUGGAGACUUCCAUUCCCUGGUGCUCGACAAGAGUGGUCGUGUUUUCAGUUUUGGAGACAAUUCUGUUGGACAAUUAGGCUUUGAGUACGAUCCAGCUUUACCUAUAAUCGACACGCCGACACAAUUGCCCAUCAAAGCUCUAUAUCCAAGCAAAAAUUGGUCCGCUCAGGUCACGAGUAUCGCUGCUGGUGGUUACACCAGUUUCAUCACCAUUGAUGCGGUACGGAAACUCCUAACGGACGACAAAUCCGUUGUCACAACUCAAGGUAUCUCGACUGUCGACACCUGGGCUUUCGGUAGAGGCAUUCACGGGGCACUCGGAAAUGGUAAAUGGACGCAUUUCCAGGACAGUCCGAGCAAGAUGAAGGCACUGAGCGGCCUCAGUGAAUAUGACGAGAAAACCCAGAAAUUACAACCUAUUCGACCCGUCCAGAUAUCAGUCGGUGCUACACAUGCCGCAGCUGUGUUAGGAAACAAUGCACACUUGGCAAAUGCGAAGAAGUCGUCCAUUGCGGAUAUCAAAUGGGGCCAGGAUACAUUGUGGUGGGGAGGCAAUGAAUCUCUUCAAGUUGGAACUGGAAAGCGAAGCAAUGUUCCCACUCCUACCCAUAUACUUCCUCCACCUGAUGUUGCGACGUCUACAAAUCUCGACGAGGCGCGCUUCCAGAUUAUCCCAGGCAAACAACGGAUAGAGUGCGGCAGGCAGGUUACUGCUGUCUAUUCAGUAAAAGUUUAG